AUGGAUAUGGCACUAGGUUCAGUACAGUCAGACCUGUCAAGAAUGGAUCAACUAGACUUACUUGCAGAAAGUAGAGGUAUAGCAAUUGAAAACUUAAAAGACAAUCACAAAAUAAACAAAAAACGAUUCGAUCAACAUAGAAGCCACCACAACUUCCAGCCAGGUCAACGAGUAUGGUAUAACUGGCAGUCUACAAAUGACACAAAACUUUCACCAAAUUUUAAAGGACCAUUUGUCAUUGAACACCCAGUUGGAAAAGUUUGUUAUAAAAUUACCAGGGCCGAUGCAACAAACAAAAAACAUUCCAGAAUAGUUCAUGUACAAUCACUUAAACCAGCUCAAUACAGACCAAAUUUGGAUGAUCCAGGAGAGAUUCAAUUUGAGGAGAACAAUCAACAAUCACCUCCAACUUCUCUCACAGACAACAUCCAAAUAAAUUCUCCUACCCCAACCAUAGACACUAAGGUAAACAGCAUUACUAAACGUACUCGCAAGACACCAUCUUGGUUAAAAGAUUAUAUAAUAGGUUAA